AUGAAUAACAUUUGGUGGUACUUAAGAGCCAAGUUUUUAUUAGCUAAAAAGCCAAAACUUGUAUCCCCUCCACUAUGCCACCCUUUUUAUGUUUCUUUUACCCAUCCCCCAACAGCUCAAACCCACACAUACCCUAAUGUUCAAAUCCUCAAUUCGUGCUUGAAGAUCGAGUUCCAAAGUGUCCCAAAGAUCCAGAACUACUACAGGUGUUUAUUGCAAUUAGCUCUUUUUUGCGGGGUUUCACGAGCUGCUUGGGUUGGGAUCUUUAGGGCUUUUGAGUUGGAGCAAUAA